AAUUAUUAUUUGCUUUUGAAGGAAUGGGACCAGUGAGUGAAGACCGGUGUAAAUGUUGCGAGUGACCGCUGCAAAUGGCCGGUUCUGAGCAAGUGUGUUGCCUUUUCGAUAAAGGCAAGAAGUGUCGGCGACUCGCGGGCAAUGCUUCGUACAAUCGACGGAUUCAGAAACUCGUUUUCAAGCACAACCUCCGACUACAUCUUGACAAAGCCAGCUUGCAUUUGUAUAUCUGCGACCACCACAAAAACCUGAUACAAGAAAGUGCAAAAAUUAGGGAGAGGGGGAAGAAGAACGAAGUGAAGACGAACGGCGGGGAUGCAGUGAGUCUUCCUGCGAAUCCCGAGCCUUCAGCGAGUAACGCAGUUCCCAGACCGAGUCCCAGUUCAGCUGUUGACCCCAUGAGUCCGUUUGACUGGGCCAAAGUUCCGUUGCACAUUCUCAAGCGCUACAGGUCACAUUUUAAGCUUCCUCAUCAGCCUGGGAUUUCAAAGCAACAUCUUGCCCAAAUUGUCAGCGAACACUUCAAUACGUGGAAGGUGUCGGAAGUCGAGGUGCUGACGUAUUUUGUGUACAUGCUAAAGACGAACAAAAACAAGCUCGAUCGUGGUUCCGCGUCUUCGUCGUCGUCGUCAAGAGGCGGCAAGCAUCGGAAAUCGCGGAAAACGAGAUAGCGAAUGAGACGGUAUUUUGUUGUUCGGCUUUUUUGUUUGUUUGUUCCGGUUUGAGAAAAGACAGAAAACGAAAGUUUUUUUUUAUAAAUUGGGAAUUGCGUUUUUGAUUGACCUUGUGUGCGAAAUCCAAUUUUCAUCCUGCGAUCUGUUGUGAGGUGACUCGUUUGUUUGUUUUUUUAAUGAUCGAUGCGCUGUUGGGUUUUUCAGAGCGGGUUUGUUCAGAAAGUUUCUCUCCGUUUUUUUACGUAUUUGACGCGGGAAUAUGUCUUUUUUUUCGUGGGACGAAACAUAGAUUUGAUGCUCUAUUAAGAUCCGUGCGUCAUUUUCCUAAUACUGUAAGCUUUUUUCCCCUGUGUUGUCAAUAAUUUUGUAUCGAGAGAAAAAAAACUGGCAUUGACUGUCCAUGAACGCAAUCAAAA